AUACAAUGACAGCUUCAGACAAACGUAGCGAACGAACGUUUCUUAUUGCUAUAGUAACUUGAGCUCAUUGAGCGCGCGACCGAUGUGUCAAGUAGAUCAGAUGUGAUUUUUAUGGUAAUCUAACGGCUGCCUCAGCUGGAUUACUGAUGCGCUGCUGAAUCCUCAUCAUUCUGCGACGCUGGGCUAUUUAUAGAAACUCCAUCGAUUCUCCUAGACGCUGUUGACGUUCUUUACGUUUUGAAGAUGAAGGGUUUGGAACAACAUGAGGCAGGCGGGGCCGGACCGGAUACACACUUUCUCUGUAUAUGUCAUUCACCCACAAAAAAAGUGACACUCUGCUUUCAAACAAACACAUCGCUUACUUAAAUUUUAUGUUGCUCCUGGACUCUCAACCCAAGUAUUUGUGCCAUGCAAUUAAUGAAACAACAUAAUCAUGCCCUCUGUUGUCUCUUUGGCUUUGUACUGCUCUACAAUUUUUUAUCCUGGUGUAAAAACAUGCUACUCUUGAGUCAGAUUGAGACCAGCGGACCAAAAGUUCUCGAGCAUAACAUCACCAUCCUCCUGUGGCACUGGCCUUUCGGAGUUCGCUACACAGUGGAGAGAGACGUCUGUAUGGAUAAAUAUAAAAUCCCUAGAUGCUUUCUGGAGGAUAACCGAUCCAUUUUCGCUCAAGCAGAUGUUGUAGUCUUCCACCACUAUGAGCUCUGGACCUGUCGCUCUAAACUUCCUAUCCACCUUACGCGUCCACCAAAGCAGAAGUGGCUUUGGUUAUCACUGGAACCUCCCAUAAACAACCACAACCUUAGCAACUACAACGGCUUGUUUAACUGGACAAUGAGUUAUCGCCGUGACGCUGACAUCUUCAUGCCAUACGGAGAACUUGUUUCUAAAAGGACUAACACCACGUACAUCAUUCCGAAGAAGAGCGGCUGCCUAGUUUGCUGGGUGGUCAGCAAAUACAAAGCCAAUCAGAGUCGCUCUCUAAUUUUCCAGCAGCUGAAGAAACACAUUCCAUCAAAUCUGAUGGAAGUAUAUGGUAAGUGGUCCAAGCGGCCGCUCUCGAACAAAAAGCUGCUUUCCACCAUAUCUCGAUGUUACUUCUACCUUGCCUUUGAAAACUCAGUAUCUACAGACUAUAUCACAGAGAAGCUAUGGCGAAACUCCCUUCAGGCAGGGAGUGUGCCGGUGGUGCUCGGCCCACCCAGGAACAUUUAUGAACUAUCGAUUCCACCGGAAUCAUUCAUCCAUGUAAAUGACUUCAGCAGCAUUAAGGCGCUGGCUACUUUCUUAAGUCAAGUGGCCGCUGAUAGAGAGCGUUAUGAAUCUUAUUUUAGAUGGCACCAUUACUAUGAUGUUAGAAUGUACACAGACUGGAAAGAGAGACUCUGUAAUAUUUGCAUGCACUAUGAUCUGCUCUCUAAGCAUAAAAAAGUGUACAAUGACCUGUACAGCUGGGUCAACAGCUAAUACUUCCAGCAUCUAUUUUGUUAUGUUUUUAUUGACAUCUUUUUCUGAUAAAAUAAUAUGUGAAGGAAUAUUAAAUACUAAGUUCAGGGUCUGCUCUCGUCGGUAAUUUGCUGGUUUGCUUUAUCUCCUGCUCUCUUCCGGUCUCCGUGUUUUUGUUUUGGUCUUUUGUAAAUAAAAGUGACUGCUUUUACAUUUAAAAUAAAAAUACUUCAUACAAGA